UAUUCCCGACUACCAGCGCGCGGGUUAUUUGCAAUUUGUCAACAACGCUAUUGUUGCACAAAUGCUGAAAUACGAUAACCCAAACAUCAUUUUGGACUUAAUGCGUGUGAUUUCUCCGUUCUGUGCUGAGCAAAAUUAAGCGUAUCAAGUGCAGUAUACAGAGGGUUCAUCUAUUCAUUGCUUUUACUGAAAAUCCCAAAAGAAAGUAGUAGUAGUUUGGUUAGCGUUAGCGGUUAGCCUGGGUUCGAUCCUAAAGUGCCUAAAUACGCCAAGAAAAGUUAUUUUAAAUGGACGAUAACUACCCGACGCUGAAAAGGCCCAAAAAGAAGCUCAUCUACCCCACUUCUAAAACCCGUCCCCCUAACCAAUGGACACAAGAUAUAGUUUCUUUGGAAGAUGUUGAUAAGAUGUUUGAUGGCUUGGAUUCCAAAGGGGAAGACUUUCCUUCUCCAUCUCCUGAAAUUCACAUUCCCAAACGCAUAGAGAGAGUUGAGACACCUCCCCCUGAAGAGCCGCUUGAAUAUCCAAUGUUUGCUAAUGGAAACCACCAUAAACCCCUCACUCCAGUCAGCCCUGAACUUGACAUUGAUUCAGAGACCCCAUUUAAGGCGCAUGGACCGGUUAAGACAUCCAGUCCAAUAGAAGGAAAUGCAAUACAGCAUAAAAACAAGCAAAGAAGGAAAGAGGACAACUCCGCUUCACCAAUUCUCUUUGAUUGUGCAGAAGAAAAUAAGAUUUUAGACACAGGAGAAAAGCUCUCAGAGAAAUAUCAACAUAAUAACCACAGGAAAGAUGAAAGCGAUGAUUCUAUUUUUGAGACCCUUCCAGAAAAAUCUGCCUUUAAUAAAAUGUCAGCACAGAAAAAGAAAUCAUCCCCAGUGAGGCUGAAAUCUUCAGGUACACCUGUAUCUCCAGUGAGAUUCGAGGCUAGAUCAGCACUCCCAGAGAAAGAAAAUGUACAGGUGCCCACCACAGUCAAGCAUGACAUGACCUCUUUUCUCCAGAAGCUCAGAGAUGCUGGACAGCCCAAACCUACACGUGCUGGUUUGUUACAAGCCAAAGUCAUGCCUCCAGCACCAGAGCCAGAAAGUGAAGAUGACUUUCUUAUAUUGGAGGAUGAUGCUCCUUUGUAUGUUUCUAUCCCAAGUAAAACCUCCAGAAACUUGAAAGAGAAACAAAGUAAAAUAUCAAGUUCUGACAAAGAAACUAAGGACACCGCAGGCGAAGAACAUUCAGCAGAUGAACUGCAGAGUGCUGAAGAGGAUCACACCAAACUGAGAAGUCAGUCUUUCACUGAAAAAACAAAGAAAAAAACAAAAGUCUCUAAAUCAAAUUCAGGUGCUUCUGAUAAAGAUCCAAAUGUACCAGCCAUUUUUGACUCCAAUGAUGCAGAGAAUCUUUUAGAAUGUGGUAAAACAAAGAAAAAAAAGAAGACUCAACUAAUAAAAAGUCCAUCUAAAAAUGACAACAAACCAGAAUAUGUAGGCACAGACACAGAUGAUGUAAAGCCUUCAAAGAAAACUAAGAGGAAAGGGGAAAAGACUUUAGAAAAAGGAUCAAAGCCUGUAAAAAAUAAUAAUGGGAAUUCUCAAAGGAAGAAGACUCAUUUAAAGGAGAGCAGGAAAAGAGCAGACAAAGCCAGCGCUGAAGUUAAUGGACCAGAGGAGCAAAGCCAAGAGCUCAACUGUGAUCAGCCCGGUGAUGAGUCUCCUGUUUCAGUCAUCAACAGUUUGGAAGCCAAAUCAACUAGGGACCUGGAGCAUGUUAAUUUAAAUCCUCAUACAUCGUGUAGUUCAUUGGAAGGGAUGUCAGAUGAAUGCAGCAGAGCGAAACGGAAAAGGAAACAGACUGGACAGUGGUGGAUGAACUGCCCUCAGAGCCCACAGCAGCAACCCACAGACAAACAAUCAACUGUGCAGAAGGUUAAACAUGCAAAGAAGGCCUCAAGUCCUUCUGGUGCUUCAUCUGUAAAAGCAACCACAGGUGCAAGAAAGAAAAAUCUGAAAGCAUCUUCAUCUUCAUCCAGCAACAGUCACCAGCAAAAAUCUGAAAAGAAGGUUAAGAAGAAAAUUCUAAAGAGAGUGCGGCCAAUCAAGCGGAUGUCUGAAGAUUCAGAUGAGGUUUUUCGGGAGUCAAGUCAGGACAGAGCUCUGGACCAAGAUUCAGAUUCAAGCCCGUUGCUUUUUCCACACAAACAAUGCAUCUCUUCAGGAGAACAGGUAUUUCCUAAUGUGUACCAAAACAGUGAAAAACUGUCCCUUACACACAAAGGACCUGAAGAACUGCUGGGCUCAAGAGAUUUCACAAAACGGAGAAGGAAAUCUCCUGGAAACUGGUGGCAGAUCAGUGCCACAGCAGAGGACCAAGAGAUGCCCCCCUCAGAGCCUCAACUACAAAAACCCAAGAAGCUCAAAGCUGCUGGGGAAAAGAGAAAAAAGCAUUCUGUAUGUUCUCCUUCUAAACCACUAGAGGGAGCCACUAAACAGAAAAAACAGUCUUUGGCCACAUAUACCGAACGUUGUAGCACUGUCACUCUGAACCCAUCUAUAAACAGAAAAACUGAGACAAAAUUAAAGGAGCAGAAAAAUAUAACGUCCCCUUUAGCUACACAUGAUGUAGUCAGUAUGGAGACCAAUGAAUCUCAAAGGGCCCUGGACCGAUUUCCCAUUCCAGACACGCUACAGGAUAGCAUGUCAAAGGUCAUCAGAAGUGGGCCAUCUUCUAUGAUUGAAUUUGAAAACUACGAGGAAGAUGAUGAAGAUAAUGUGUUGCCAUCAACUACAGUACAGCCUGUUCUGUGCGCCUCUGAUCUGUGCGCCCCUCCUCUCAGGCCACUUGUCCUGCAGCCUAAAGACAAGGUCAACCUCCAGGACUGGCUCAAGUCUCUUUGGCCUAUAACAGACCAUAAGCAAAGAGGCCCUGAAAUCACACCUGAUGAUUUUGAGUGGCAUUGUUACCAGGGCAGAGCUUUAGGCGUCAUGGUGGACUUGCACUCAGGAUCCAUCUGCAAUGGCAAGAUGCUUCUGGGCUCCUUCAUGAAGAAGCCUCUGUGGGUGGAUCACAGUGCCACAACAGUUUUUAGUUUAUUAACAAGCUCUGUGAGUUUAAUAGUGGACUGCAAUAAAUCGUGCUACAGUGCAGGGCAGUCCUUUAUGGUGCCACCUGGUCACGCCUACAGCAUCCACAACCUGAGCGCCCAGCCUGCUGUCUUCUCCUUCACCAGGAUUUAUUCUGAAAAGUCAGACUAAUAGGGGCUGGACAAUCAACUGCCUCAGCUGUGUAUAAGUGUAUAUUAUUAUGGGUACUUAAGAAGUGCUUCUUUUAAAUUUGUUGUAUUAAAAAAAAAAAAUGCAACUGUAAGCUAUGACAUAUUGAACACUGUUAAAUGUGUUUUAAAAUUUAGGUCUGUAAGGAUUUCAGUAUUUGUUUUUAUGAAUUUCGAAAUGGUCACAACUUCUUUUAAAAGUGUAUUUUCAGUUGCAAUUAAUGUAGAUGACUUGUAAAUAAAUUUCCAUACUCCAUUUGUAAA